AUAUAAACCUCCUUAUGAAACUUUCAUCGCUGAUCCAAUGGAGGCAAUCAAGAGCUUGCAGUCCUGCUGGCGGCGGCGAACCUACCAGAGGUUGGAGAGGUUGCCGGCGCCGAGGAAGGAGAUAGACGUGGUGACGCUCGGUGACGAAGGUGGAAAAAAGUGGCGGCGUUGUAGUAAGGCGGUGGUGCUGGCGCGGCCGGUGAUAAGGCUGAGUAAGCUAACUGUUAUCAAAACGCCGGGAAGAGUGAUGGCGAGGGUAAGGGACGCUUACAUGAACGUCAUGCUGAUGCUCGCCGGAGACGGCGGCGUCGCCGCGAAGAAGGACGGCGUCGGUGGGGCGGUGUGGGAUCGCCGGAUUCCGAGGGCGAGGCAGGGGAGUUUGAAAGGUGGAAACUUUGAGAAGAAGGUGUUGAUUCAUCUUUAUAACUCUGUCAUCGAUGCGCGGUAGCGCUGUAAUUUCGCUGCCGCCUGCAGGUUGAGUUCUUUUUUAUAAUUUUGUGUCUUGUGAAUCCAUUUACAGGAAUUAUGGAUAUAUUUGCAAGCUAUGCAUAGAAA